AUGGCUGAGCCGGAGACGUGCACGACGGAGACAGAGUCUCUGGCGGACACGGAGGCGACGGACACUGACACGACGGAGGCGGAGUCUCACGCGACGGACACGGACGCAUCGGGGGCAGAGACGGGGUCAGACACGACGGACACGGACAGCAGCGUGCCGGAGCUGACACGGGAGGAGAUGCUGCGGCUGCUGGAGCCGGACCCGGAGCUGACGGACGAGGAGAAGGCGCUGCGGGCGCUCCACAUCGUCUGCUGCCGAGAGCUCACCGAGCACGACCCCAAGUCCAACGCCGACGUCUGCACCCGCUUCUCCAGCUUCAACAUAGCCCUCUUCGACCUCGACCAAGAGUGUCAGUAUACCACCCAGCGCCUUCAGGAGCUCACCUCUUCUCAGCAGAGCUCCGCCGUGCAAUCAUCGGUCAACGUCAUUUCCCUCAAGGUGGCCGACUCCGACGUGGGCUACCCGAUCAGUGUGUUCGGCACCGUGCUCGCGAGGGACGACGCCGACUACAGAUGCGUCUACUUGUUCCGCCGCGACAGGGAUGAUCCCCAGUUCAUCGAGUCGCCGGAGGACAUGCUGACUUUGACAGGGCUCGUCGUGCCAGACACCAUCUUCUUCGAGUUCAACCUGAAGAUCGACGGAACCACCGGCGACAGAGAUUUCAGCAAAGGUGUCAUAGAACACUACCCUGUUCCCUUGGAGAAGGGACCCAAGGCUGAGCUGCUAUCUAGCUGGCUGAGCACGGUAGAACUGGUACUAGCGCCCGUUCCGUUUGCCGUGGCAGCUACAGUUAAAGUCAGGAUUCUGAAUGGACCCUGCGACGCCCCUUUCAGUGGCAAGAUAACCGCCUGGACCGCCGGAGACACCGAGAGCCAUAUCAUUCUAUAUGAUGAACAAGAACACAGAGCGAUGGGCGGUCGUAGAUUGACCGGAGACGGCGGUUCGAUCGCGUUAAGCCGUGAUUUGGUGGCCGUCCAUGUGCCUAGUUCCUUGUAUGAUGAUGAGUAUGAAGAAAUCGCGGUCAGUGUUUGUUUUACUUCCCGUGAUGGUGAUGGUGAGUGCACCUGUGUCACUCUACAAUACCCUCAGGAGGAGAAGGUUUGCGUUCAUGGCGCCUAUGAGCUUCAGGUGGAGGUUACCUGGACAGCCAUUCUGGAAGGGCCGUUUGGCACGGAUGUUGACAAAAGAUGGAGCUCUGUUCCUCUGAGACCAUUGCUUUUCUGAUGAUCUGUGCCUCAACAGGUGAAGGAUGCUUGUUAGGAUAUUACAGCUAUAUGUUGCUCUGUUUUCCUCUUGGGAUGUAACGAAGGCAUGGCAGCCUCUGCCCGUGUACA